CAACUGAAACAACAUCAACGUCCACAACAGCAGCAACCAACAACAACAACAACUUAACAUUAACCGUCGUUAAACCGAGCAAAUCGAAGAACGACAAAACAUUUCAAGCUCCACAGAACAAACUUAGCAACUCGAGGCUUAAUAACGCUACAACAAGCAUGUUACUGUUGCAACCAAAUAGCUCUUUUAGUUCUCUUUCUCCGUUUGACAAUUUUUCAACGCAACAGUCGAAUAAUCAGCAUCAUCACCUGAAUCAGCACAACCAAAUACACUCAAAUAAUCUAAAACAAGAGGGACAGCAACUGUUAGCAAAUGAGGAACAACUAAUUGGCAAUCUAACUGGUACAAGUGUCGAGCAAACAGAGCUCAUCGAUCAUACAUUUCAUCAAUUGUCAGAUCUUUUCUUUCCAACUGACUCAAAUCAAUCAUUACUAUCUCCCAGUCUUGAUCAACAUCCAAACUACGCUGAACCAAAUACACAACAGACGCUACAAGAACUACAUUCGUCCUGUGAAACCUUAAUUGGUAGCAACGAAGAUAUUACAAGCUCAAUUGAGAAUCUGACAACAUUGACCUGUUUGCGCGAUAAACGUUUAUCCUCAAUACCUGAACAGCAUACAAUAAGUACACCGAGCUCAGAGCAAGAGCAUUCUUUAUGUUUUGAUCGUACAACAUCACAGGAAAUCGGUCUAUUAACAUUACGUUCAAGUAGCGAUCCAGCUAUAGCAUUGCACACACUAAAAGAACAUCAAGCAUUACAGCAACAAGCACAAUUACACAACGGUCGUACCGGUCUUGAACCACUAAUUUCGCCAAUUAGCGGGCCGCUCUCAUGUGGCAGCUCAUUACCGAGUUUUGAGGAAACUUACUCUCUUAAGUAUAACUCAACUGCAGCUAAUUCACCUACACAUAAUACAACAUUGAAUUUAAAAAUGAAUGACGAUUGUUUCCAACUAUCAACAACAGCCGAACAACAACAACAACAUCACCAACAACAUCAUGUACAACAUCAUCAAGUGACACAGUUAAACAAUAAUAACGGCGGUAAUAAUAGUAAUACUACACUGAAUUCUAAUAACAACAACAACAACACUAACAAUUACAACUAUCAUGGGCACUUCAACACCACAACUGCAUCGGCAACUUCGCCAAGUUCUUCGGUCUCAUCAUAUGAGUGCAACAACAGCGCUAUUCCAACUGGUUCUACAACGGAACAGAGUCAAAAUCAUAGUCAUCAUUUCAAUUCCACCACUGACAGUUUCUAUCCACAAUAUCACUUAACCCAGCAACAACCUAAUAGUUACAUCGUAUCAAACGCAAUGGAUCGUUAUUCUCUUCCAACGUUUCCCACUAUAUCCGAACUACAAAACGUAACAGGCACGACAAUUUCCUCUUUGCGUCGCUCUUCAUUACCAAUACAGCGCUCAAAUUCCCCAGCCAAUCAUAGUCCAAAGCUACCCAAACUUGUGCUCAGCACAACUGGUCUACAACAACGUCAUCGACAGUCAGGACAUCAUCACCAUCCACUACAGCUGUCAAGUGCGCCAAGCUCCGCUUCCAGUUCACCAAGUUGUCAUCAACAAGCGAACAUUAACUUGCUUAACGGUAGGGUCAUACAGAACGCAUCACAGCUUUGCGCUGUAUGUGGCGAUACAGCAGCUUGUCAGCAUUAUGGCGUACGCACCUGUGAAGGUUGUAAGGGUUUCUUUAAGCGUACUGUACAGAAAGGUUCCAAAUAUGUUUGCUUAGCUGAUAAAUCUUGCCCAGUCGAUAAGCGGCGUCGCAACCGUUGUCAGUUUUGUCGCUUUCAAAAAUGUUUAGCUGUUGGUAUGGUCAAGGAGGUAGUACGCACAGAUUCACUUAAAGGUCGUCGCGGACGUUUACCUUCUAAACCAAAAUCUCCACAAGAAUCUCCGCCAUCACCACCGAUAUCAUUAAUAACUGCUUUGGUUAGAAGUCAUGUAGACACAACACCCGAUCCAUCAUGUUUGGAUUACUCACAAUACAAAGAACCAAAUCAGGAAGACUCGCCAAUUGUUAUGAGUGAAGCUGAAAAAGUGCAACAAUUCUAUAAUUUACUUACCACUUCAGUUGAUGUUAUAAAACAAUUUGCUGACAAAAUACCGGGAUAUGGAGAUUUGUGCCCAGAGGAUCAGGAAUUACUUUUUCAAUCAGCUAUGUUAGAACUUUUUGUACUCCGGCUAUCAUAUCGAGCACGUAGUGAUGAUACUAAAAUGACGUUUUGUAAUGGGAUUGUACUCCACCGUAGCCAAUGUGAACGCUCCUUUGGUGAUUGGUUAAAUGAUAUUUUGGAAUUCAGCAAGAGUUUGCACAACUUGGAAAUCGAUAUAUCUGCAUUUGCAUGUCUCUGUGCACUAACUUUGGUAACAGAACGGCAUGGCUUAAAUGAACCGAAAAAAGUUGAGCAAUUGCAGAUGAAGAUCAUUGGCAGUCUACGUGAUCAUGUCACUUAUAACGCUGAGGCACAAAAGAAACCACACUACUUCAGUCGGUUACUCGGAAAGCUACCAGAACUACGUUCGCUCAGCGUGCAAGGACUGCAAAGAAUAUUCUAUCUGAAAUUAGAAGAUUUAGUGCCAGCACCAGCACUAAUCGAAAAAAUGUUUGUGGCAAGUCUACCAUUUUAAAUUACC